CGCACUGCAUCUCUCUGCAGUGGAGAGAAGCGACAAGGUAGGCUGUCAUUCUGCAAAAGCUGCCCGGAACAGGCUUCCCUCUGAAAAGCAGUGCCGUUCCUUUUUAGAAAGGCUAAUCUAAAUGUUGUCUCUGGAGACAAGAAGCCUUCAGCAUGUUAAAUGACUUUCAUUAUGCAUUUUGAGAUGCUUAUUGAUUGCACAGUGGGAAGAGUGAGAGACUGCAGCAGCCCUCAGCAGCACUAUAUGCUCCAUACAUUAGCAGUAGUGCUGAAACAAUGGCACAGUAAAGACACAUUUCCAUUAAGGUCUCUUCCAAGAGAUGUUUAUGACCCUCUUCCCCAGGUCCUCUACUAACAAGUGAACAGCAUGAAUCAAUCAAAACUGGAAACGCUUCAACUACAUCAAGAAUGUAUCAAAUCUUUAGCGGAGGGCCCACAGCAGUUAAUUCAGUACUUACAACCAACAAUAUGAAGAAUGCAACCGAUCGAGUAUUUCCCUAGCUGUCUGAACCAUAAACUGCAGGAUAUUCUUGUAAUAUGAUUUUAAGACACUAAGGAGUUAAAACCAGAGAAUAUAGGUCUGCAUUACUGCUGGGAUAUAACACGUUGACAGUAAUCAUCCUAAGAAGAUGCUGUAUAAAAUAGCCACAAAAGGAAAAACAAUAUAAUUGUAAAAUCCUGAAGACAAAAUGGUGAGCAUUUUUAAAGAGGGAGUUUAUACUUUAAUAUACCAGAACUGUGGAGCUACUGAUUCUUAAAGAAACAAUGAAACAUGGAUUGCCAAAAUGAGAAUGCCAUACAAUACCAGCAAGCUAAAUGAAGCUUUAGCAAGUAUAUUCAGAUAUUCAGAUAUUCGUGUCAAUUGAUUAUUACUAAAGGAUUUUUCCAUCGGAGUUUUAUGACCAAUUAUGUAUCCUCUUCUAAUGAAAACAAACCAAAUUAAGUAGCAGAUGGUUUUUAUCAAAAGAACAUGGACUGGAUUUAUAAUAUAAAGCAAAUUAUGUGAUCCAAGAAAUCAUUUCAAAAUAAUCAGAACUGCUAUAGAAACAGUUUGCAACAAAAGAAUGUCUAAAUAUAUUUUACGAGCUAGAAACCUUAUGUUUCCUGUUUUGUUUUCACCUGUUCUGGAAAAUAAAGAGACACUAUCAUAUAUUCCCGCAAAGGGAAACAUAGUUCCUAUCAUUUGAGGAAGUUUCUCUUGGUCAUGGCUUUUUAAGGCAAAACAAACACAAAUAUUUUGUACUGGUCUUUAGAAAUCCAUCAGCCAACUAAAUCUCACAAUUCAUGCAGUUGAAAUAUUGGAGAGAAAAUGAAAGAAUUCCUACAAGACAUGAAAUAAAACACAGCUACUUCACUGUUGUCAGGUGAAAAUUCAUGUCAAAAUCUGUCAAUGACAUCAUGUUUCAAUUUGUGGAAAACGGCUAUAGUGAGCCAAAAGGCACAUAAGGCACAAGCAAACAGGGAAAAAACCAACUGCUCCAAAAGAAUGUGUUUUUCUCCCUUUCUGGAAAUCAACAUGCAGUCUGAAUCUAACAUUACAGUUCGAGAUGACAUUGAUGACACCAACACCAAUAUGCACCAACCACUGUCAUAUCCAUUAAGCUUUCAAGUGUCUCUCACUGGAUUUCUUAUGUUAGAAAUUGUGUUGGGACUUGGCAGCAACCUCACCGUACUGGUACUUUACUGCAUGAAAUCCAACUUAAUCAACUCUGUCAGUAACAUUAUUACAAUGAAUCUUCAUGUACUUGAUGUAAUCAUUUGUGUGGGCUGUAUUCCUCUAACUAUAGUUAUCCUUCUGCUCUCACUGGAAAGUAACACUGCUCUCAUCUGCUGUUUCCAUGAGGCCUGUGUAUCUUUUGCAAGUGUCUCAACAGCAAUCAACGUUUUUGCUAUCACUUUGGACAGAUAUGACAUCUCUGUAAAGCCUGCAAACAGAAUUCUGACGAUGGGCAGAGCUGUAAUGCUAAUGAUAUCCAUCUGGAUUUUUUCCUUUUUUUCUUUCCUGAUUCCCUUUAUUGAGGUAAAUUUCUUCACUCUUCAGAGUGGAAAUACAUGGGAAAACAAGACACUAUUGUGUGUCAGUACAAAUGAAUACUACACGGAACUGGGAAUGUAUUACCACCUGCUAGUACAGAUUCCAAUAUUCUUUUCCACUGUCAUAGUGAUGUUAAUCACAUACACCAAAAUACUGCAGGCUCUUAACAUUCGCAUAGGCACCAGAUUUUCAACAGGGCAGAAGAAGAAAACAAGAAAGAAAAAGACAAUUUCUCUAACCACGCAACAUGAGACUACAGACAUGUCACAGAGCAGUGGUGGGAGAAAUGUAGUCUUUGGUGUAAGAACUUCAGUGUCCGUAAUAAUUGCCCUCCGGCGAGCUGUGAAACGACACCGUGAACGACGAGAAAGGCAGAAAAGGGUUUUCAGAAUGUCUUUACUCAUUAUUUCUACCUUUCUUCUCUGCUGGACACCAAUUUCUGUUUUAAAUACCACCAUUUUAUGUUUAGGCCCAAGUGACCUUUUAGUAAAAUUAAGGUUGUGUUUUUUAGUCAUGGCUUACGGAACAACUAUAUUUCACCCUCUCUUAUAUGCAUUCACUAGACAAAAAUUUCAAAAGGUCUUGAAAAGUAAAAUGAAAAAGCGAGUUGUUUCCAUAGUGGAAGCGGAUCCUAUGCCUAAUAAUGCUGUAAUCCACAACUCUUGGAUAGACCCUAAAAGAAACAAAAAAAUUACCUUUGAAGAUAGUGAAAUAAGAGAAAAAUGUUUAGUACCUCAGGUUGUUACAGACUAGGAAAAAGGCUAAGUUUCACCAAACCCAUAUUGAGACGUUUUAAUUUUAAAUUGUAAAAAUUGAAAUUACUGCCAAAUAUAAGAAAAAAUGGUAGGUAUUGGUUAUGUUGUAAAUUUUCAAUGUAAAUGUCAAGAUUAGAUUGUCAUAUAUAUUCAAUUUCUUCAUAACAAUGUAUUUGCUGCAUGGCAGUUUGUUAAAGUAAUAUCAUGUGUAUAUUUUGUCAAUAUUAUGUCCUCCAGAAGAUAUUAAUGUAAGUCAUAUUUUCUAAAGAAUAAAUACAUAGCCUUAAAACAAUGUAAAACUUUAAAAUGUAACUGACAUAGGUAUCCUUGGGUUUUGUUUUGUUUUUUUAUAAACUGUAUUGUUUCUAAGCCACAAACUGUAGAUAUAUUUGUAUAAUGACAACUGGAAUAGCAUUUUAACAUAAGAACCAAAAUUAUGGACUCCAAACAAUGAAAAUAAUCCAGGAUUUUCUGUACCACUAUAUUAUGUUUUCUGGUACAGUCAACUUGCUAUAAUAUUUGAUGCAUCAAAAAUAAUGAACUCUGUAUAAAACUUGAUCCUUUUUUAAUAUAGAAAUUGUAGGAUUUAUCAGGAUUUUAAAACUCAAGAAUCAAAAAGAAGUAACCUGUAUAUGCAUACCAAGAGAGGGAAACUUUGAAAUUAAACUUUACGAAAAGCAGAUUGAUUUUUCUAAAUUCAAGGGCACUAUGCCUAUAAUAUACAAAUGAACUGACCAUAAAGAGGAGGAAGAAAAACUAAAGCACCAGCUUCUUUCUUCCUUUCUCAGUCUGUUUGAGUCUAAGUCAAAUGCUCUGAAUUAAUACAGUACAUGCUGGUAAAACAGUGCUUUAAAAUAAACUGACUUCCUAACUUUAUUCAAGUUGGCCUUUUUGUAUAAUAGAAGUUAACUAUUAAAAUCUGAAUACAAGGGAGAAACAAACUAUAUCAUUGUAGAAAAGCUUAAUAAUGCCAGCUAUUUCUAAUUUUAGAUACAUAGCAACUUUAGAGUAAUACAAUUUACACAAUGUUUUUACUCUAUCAUAGCUCCCAAAUGUUUCAAAAUACAGUAGCUCUAUUUCCACUCUGAAAAUCAUUAAAGUGGUAAUAAAUCUUGUUAUUUAUUUAUUUUUUACUCCACACUACUUAAUUUAACUUUAAGCAUUUUGUCUCCAAUCCUCAAUUCACUUCAGGAAACUGUGAAAUUACUAAUUCUAACUAGGUAGCAGCUUUGGGAAUUCAAAUCAAACAAAUAUUUUCCAACUGUUAUAAUGUAAUAAUCUAUCAAUGAGCGCUAAGUAUCACUGUAUCAGAAAAACAGCAAUAAAUUACUUAAAAUAGGUAAAUACUUGCUACCUUAUGAUUGUUUAACUGGCCAAUUUUUCCAUUUUUUAAACACUGCAUUCACUGAAUCAAGUAGCAAUUGAUUUUUAAAUAAAAUUGUAUGUCAAGCAAUUCAAUAAUCUAUCUCCUUUAUGUAAAUAAGUGAGAUUCAUCCAGGGGAGUUUCCUGAAUAUCCUGAUCCUUGCGGAAAUGAGCACCGUGCUAUACCGCCUGAGCUCCCCAAGGUUACAAAGAAAAGUUAACAGGGAUUUACUUAUGAUAAUAAUGCUAACGAAGUAUCAAUCUUGGCAAAGCCAAAAUUUCCUUCUGCCUUAUUUUCUACUCUUUUAUGGAAUUAAAGAAAUGCUUCAAUUUGACAAAAUGUAGCCUAUGCAAGUAAGACUUAUUUUUUGAAACCCUUAAGAGAAAUUAAGACUUCAUAGACAAAGAUAUUAAGAAAAUUUUCAUUAGAUAAAUAUAGUUGGCAGAGAAUAUCUGUUAAUAUGUUAAUUAAAAUUUUUUUUAAAACUAAUUUUAUACUUGGGA